GCGCGAGUGGAGGAGGGAGGCGGCGUUUCGCAGUGAAGCCGCACCGGCGCUGCUGCGAGGUGACAUCCAGCCUCUCUCAUCUGGCGCACGCACGCACGCACGCGCGCACGGCGGCGGCUUUGCGCCACGCGGGGAGGGCGCUGCCGUGUGAAACCUGUUACGCACGCACAUGUGAUGGCAGCCGAGUCCUCCUCCGCACACUAAUUGGCGGCCGACAUGAGAGUGUGGGAUCGGGCGUUUUAAUGAGGAUAUUGCGACAAUGGCGAAGGACAAGGCCGAGGACCGGACUCUCCAGUACCAGCAAACUUUGAUGUAUGGCCGGUACACCCAGGAGCUGGGGGUGUAUGCCAAGGAGGAAGCGGCCCGCCUGCGGGACGGGGGCGUGAGGGACGGCGGCGGCAUGCGGAGGAACACCAGCGUCCGCAGCCGCGCCGCAGACCUGCUGGAGUACGAGAAAGACCCGUGUGCAAAGUGUCAGAUGUGUGCUUCCCGCUGCCAGAAGUUCCUGAUCUCGCGGGUCGGGGAGGACUGGAUCUUCCUCAUCCUUCUGGGGCUGCUCAUGGCUCUGGUCAGCUGGGUGAUGGACUACGCCAUCGCCUUCUGCCAAGAAGCACAGAAGUGGAUGUACGGCGGGCUGGACAGCAACAUGCUCCUGCAGUACAUCGCCUGGGUCACGUACCCCGUGGUGCUCAUCACAUUCUCGGCGGGAUUCACGCAGAUCCUGUCGCCUCAGGCCGUGGGUUCAGGGAUUCCUGAGAUGAAGACGAUUCUCAGGGGGGUGGUCCUGAAGGAGUACCUGACGUUUAAGACCUUCGUGGCUAAAGUCAUCGGUCUCACCUGCGCCCUGGGGAGUGGGAUGCCUCUGGGGAAGGAGGGACCCUUCGUUCAUGUUGCCAGUCUGUGUGCAGCCCUGCUCAGCAAAUUCAUGGCUGCCGUGUUUGGGGGAAUCUACAUGGAAGAGCCCUUUGAGGGGAGCAAGAACGAGUUAAGGAACACAGAGAUGCUGUCGGCCGCCUGCGCGGUGGGUGUGGGCUGCUGCUUCGCUGCUCCUAUCGGAGGCGUCCUGUUCAGCAUCGAGGUCACGUCGACGUUUUUUGCGGUGAGGAACUACUGGAGAGGCUUCUUCGCAGCCACCUUCAGUGCCUUCAUAUUCCGGGUCCUGGCAGUGUGGAACCAAGAGGAGGAGACCAUCACCGCUCUCUUUAAGACCCGCUUCCGCCUGGACUGCCCCUUCGACCUUCAGGAGCUGCCGGCCUUCGCCAUCCUCGGGAUUGCCUGCGGUUUCGGCGGCGCUCUGUUCGUCUACCUGAACCGUCUGAUCGUGGAGUGCAUGAGGAAACAGAAGAUCAUCAACAAGUUCUUGCUGCGGAAUCCCUCUCUCCCUGUCAGGCGUCUGGUGUAUCCCGCGCUCGUCACCCUGCUGGUCUCCACGCUCACGUUCCCGCCGGGCUUCGGGCAGUUCAUGGCCGGACAGCUGACGCAGCACGAGUCCCUGGUCGCCCUGUUCGACAACCGCACGUGGUGUCGCCAGGGCGUGGCCGAGGAGUUCGACUACAUCAGCCACCACCACGGCUGGAAGCACCCCCAGGUCAACGUCUUCAUCACGCUCGUCCUCUUCAUCGUCAUGAAGUUCUGGAUGUCGGCGGUGGCCACCACCAUGCCUGUUCCCUGCGGGGCCUUCAUGCCCGUGUUCCUCAUCGGUGCCGCGUUCGGCCGACUGGUUGGAGAGAUCAUGGCGGCCAUGUUCCCUGACGGCAUCCAUGCUGCCGGGAGCGUGUAUCCCAUAGUUCCCGGGGGCUAUGCUGUCGUUGGGGCGGCAGCUCUGUCUGGAGCCGUCACGCACACCGUGUCCACGGCCGUCAUCGUGUUCGAGCUGACGGGACAGAUCUCCCACAUCCUGCCCGUGAUGAUCGCGGUGAUCCUGGCCAACGCCGUGGCCCAGGCGCUGCAGCCGUCCCUCUACGACUCCAUCAUCCGCAUCAAGAAGCUUCCCUACCUGCCGGAGCUGGGCAUGGGCCACCACGAGAAGUACAACAUCCGCGUGGAGGACAUCAUGGUCAGGGAUGUUCGCUACAUCACUCUUAACUCUUGCUAUCGGGACCUGCAGGAGAUGCUGCUGACGGGCCAGCUGAAAACGCUGGCGCUGGUCGAGUCCAGAGACACCAUGAUCCUGCUGGGCUCCAUCGAGCGCCUGCAGCUCCAGUCUCUCCUCGCUCUCCAGCUGGGCCACCAGCGGCGGCUGGACUACCUGCGCCAGCUGGUCCGCGACAACGCCACCCAGGACCACCUGUCCAACAUGGCCGCCGACAGCGCCCCCGGCUCGCCCUGCGGCCACGCCCACGUCAACGCCUCGGCCAACUCCAACGCUCGCCAAGGGGUCCGCUUCCUGGUGAGCACCCAACAGAUCUCCACAGAGGAGUCGUCCUCCUUCAGCCCGGUGGUGUCCAACGUCCAGCUGCCCCUGAAAUCGGCCCUGAAGACCGUGUCCGCCAUCAGCGACGCGGAGACGCCGAACAGUUCUCAGACUCUCUCCUGUGCAGAUCAGGACAAAGAGCUGCUGGAGAGCCCGGCUGGGCCGGCUCCUCCUGAAAAAAGAAAGGCCGGGCCCAAACGAGUGAGGAUCUCCAUGGCGGACUCGGCGGAGGUGGAGGACUGCAUGAGCCCGUCGGAGAUUGCAGAGUGGGAGGAGCGGCAGCUCGACGAGCCGGUCGACUUCAAGAACUGCAAGAUUGAUCCCGCGCCAUUUCAGCUGGUGGAGCAGACGUCGCUGCAUAAGACUCACACUAUCUUCUCCCUGCUGGGCCUGGAUCAUGCCUACGUGACCAGCAUGGGUCGUCUGGUGGGAGUGGUCUCUCUCAAAGAGCUGCGUAAGGCCAUCGAGGGCUCGGUGACGGUGACUGGCGUGAAGGUUCGCCCCCCGCUGGCCAGUUUCCGCGACAGCGGCAACACCGCGAACGUGUCCGAGGUCACCGAGCUGCACAAGCUGUGCAUCCGCCACCGGGGGCUGUCGUUGCCGCGGGAACCCAGCCCGCCCGACGUGGAGGACCAGCCCGAGCUCUCGUACAAAGAGAUCCCGGUCAACUUCUCAGACCAGACCAGUUUGCAGUUUGAAACCAGCGAGAUCACAAACCAGUCGUCGGAGUUGGUGCUCCAGGAGAGCCCCUCGUUCACCGAGGACCAAUCAGAGUUUACUUUUGACUGCAGCCCCUCCCACACCGAGGAAACGGAGCUGGCCUGUGACUAUGACCCCCCGACCCGUACCCCCGAGCCGGAUGAAACUGAGCAGGAACAGGCCAGUCCCACUCUGAGCAAGGACCAAUUAGGGCCUGAGGACGGGGGAAGCCCCGCCCACGGCGAGGAUCAAUGAUCAGGCCGAUACCGUCGCAUCAUGAAUGUUGAUGUUUCUUACAUUUGUCGAGGUCACGCUCACCUCCGGGCCCAGCCUGGAAACCUGUGUUGAGCGGCUCCCGGUGACAUUAAGUGUCCGAAGGUGAGCCGAUAUUAGUCUGAUGGAUAAAAGCGGUUUUAUUCUGUUUGUUAUUGGUGUCAACAAAUCUUGUGAGAGAAAAGGAACACACAAAAAAGUCAGGCUUUUUCUCUGAGGCUUGAUACAACAUUAGCUGUUAGCAUAACACACCAAACUCUCCGAAGCGACACGGCCAGGUUGCAUUAGGGGUAAUGUAGGCCACAAUUUGAUCGUUUGAAUAUAGUCAAUGCUAAAAAGGGGAUUUUUAAACCGUGGAUGUGGAUGGUUUUUACACUGUUGUGUCACCAUGGGAUUUUCAGUACCAGCAUGCGUCGCAUUUCACGAGCGGUGCCACGAGACACCGCUGUAAAUGUAAAUGGAACUUUGCUGCAUUUGUUCUAGUGUACGGUCUCUUGACGUGUUAAUUGGCUACAGAGAAAAGCACAGGUCUAGGCGUUGCAUGGGAUUUGUUGACCCUGAGAACCCUGAAGAAUAUCACCAGCUUUGUCUGACAAACGUGUGAGCGUGUGUGUUUGAAACCCUUUGACACCUGCAGAUCCGGUCCAGACUCUUCAUGCCAAACCAACAUCCUGUAAACAUGACGUUACACAUUACACCAAGCACUACACUACAACAAUAGGCAAAUAACAGAGAGAGAGGAUUAAAGGAACAGAUAAUGGAGAUAAAAGCACAGGAUAUGGAAACGUCUUUAAAUGAGCACAUGAUGGUAUGAAAUCAAACUACUACCUAUUCACUGGAAGUGAACCAAGACACUACAGAGGGUCAGAUUCAACAUUUACCCUGUUGGUUAUUUGUUGGCUGAUAUGCAAUAAAUUAACAGUAAUAAUGCAGUAAAUGGUGAAUCCAUAGCAACAGUAUCCUCACUAGUUUGUCCACAGCCUCUCAUUUUCAGUCUUUUCUAUUUUACUGCCAAAUAUUUGUCCAUAUCAACCCCCCCACCGUCUGUAAGCUAUGAUCCAGUCCCAUCACGACAACGGCAGCUUCCGAGGGUCCACCUGGCUCCGUACGGGGCUCCAGACAACCAAGCACAUUGUAAUUACCAUCAUAUGUUCCGCUGCACACGUAGCCUUGUUUGGCUUUAAGGGCCUCGCCGCCGGAGCCGCUCCUGUGUAAAUUUGACUGUGCAUCACGGUGUCGCAUGCUAAGGGAACGCCGCCUGAGGCCCGAAAGGAGCGGGGAGACGCUGGCCGCUGUACAGAGCACAUAAAGAAGCUCGCUCGCUCGCUCACACUCACGCCGGCUGCGGCCUGUUGAUACUCACACUGUGGUGUUUAACCCAGUCUGGCCUCUGAUGAGACGCUGACCAACGUAACUACUGUAUGAAGCACAGAGAUAAGCCACAAGCCUAAAAACUGUGUGUGUGUGUGUGUGUGUGUGUGUGUGUGUGUGUGUGUGUGUGUGUGUGUGAGUGAAAGAGAGAGAGAGAGAAUGUCCUUGUUACAACCUUUGAAUGGAUGUAAGUAAUUAAGCGUCAUGCAACCACGUCUUACGUGAUAUCACCACAGACCAACUCAGGCUCAUUGUUUCUGUAAUCGUUCGUGCAACACUUUAUUAAUGUUCCUAUGUUUGCAUUUAGAAUGUGAAGUAACGCUCACCGUGUAAGAAAACGUAUAAGGAUUUAAAUGUAGAGAGUGUACAAGCUAAUUUGCAGCGUAUCUAGUUAAGCAAUAAGCCUGUAGUAUCUCCCUUUACAUGGCACCGGCCUGUAUAUGAUCUGUAUAUAUGAAAAUACACAGAUGAGAUCGUCCGCUUUGUACAUAGGAGAAUUAUGCAUUUGAAAUCCAGCAGCCAUUAUUAUUUUUCAGAAGUUGUUUUUGUACAUGAGUGAAUGAUUAAACUGAAAAGACAAAAGCACCUUUAAAA